AUGGAGCAGCGAGCUGUGGGGGCAGAGAGCUGUGGGGGCAGUGAGCUGUGGGGACCGCGAGCUGUGGGGGGCAGUGAGCUGUGGGGACCGCGAGCUGUGGGGGGCAGUGAGCUGUGGGGGCAGCGAGCUGUGGGGGCAGAGAGCUGUGGGGACCGCGAGCUGUGGGGACCGCGAGCUGUGGGGGGCAGUGAGCUGUGGGGACAGCGAGCUGUGGGGAGCGCGGCUCUCCCGGGUGCGUUCCCCUCCACGGGAAAGGUCCACACAGGCGCUGCCGAAGGGCCGGGGCCUGGGGCCUCUUCCCUCACCCGCCUGAGGCGCAGUCCCAGCCCAGCCGCGGGCCGCCCGCCCGGGCACCGAGUCCCGCCGGAGAGAAGAGCGGGCGGCGCCCCGAGACCCCGCUGCCCCCUCGCAGGGCACCCGGGCACUGCGCCACAUGCCGGGGGCUCUUUCCCCUCAGGGCCGGCCCCGCGGCGGAGCUCCGGGACGGGACGGCCGAGGCGGAGCCGCCUCCCCCCUCACGGCUGCCCCUGCCCGCCCCCGUGGCCGCCGGGUCCCGCGCCACCUCCCCGCCAUGGCCCGCGGCCGAACCCCGCCUGCCCCGCGCCCUGCCCCGCGUCCCGCCGGCUCCGAGGGGCCCGCGGCGGUGCCUCUAGGCCGACCCCGCGGGAGCGACGGGAGGGCUGCGUCUGGCCGGGCAGGGACGGGCAGCGGCAGUGCCGCCGGGCGAGCGGGGCCCGGCCCUGCCCGCCCCUCUUUCCGCCAGGCCACCGCCGCGCCCCGCUGAGACCCGCGGUGUCCCGGGCGGAGCGCGGCUGCCCGGCCGGCCGGGCCCGGGGGAGCGGGCGGGCUGCGUGUCCUCGGCAGCCGGCGCCUCCCCCGUCCCUGCCGGCCGCCCGUCCCCGCAGCCCGCCCGCAGGCCCCCGGCCCGGCCGCGGCGGGGUGAAGGGUGAAGCGAGGCGUGACUCACGGGCACACAUCUGCCACCGCAAGCGUUUAGGAAAUUGCCGUUCUCUUAAAGGCAACCGUGUAUUUAUUUCUCUGGGGUGA